GAUUUUCCCCGGAAAGCAGCCAAUGCGGAAUUCCAGACAGUCCGGGGCAAGUCAGAGUGGCUUCUUUAUCGUAUUAUUAUCAUCAUUAUUAUGGCUAUUCUUACUGAUCCUGUUGAUGCCUCGGAUGUCACAUGGUUUACCUAAAAGGAUGAGCUCAACGCAGCAGACAUCAUCACGGCAGACUUUUCAUCGUCGCCAAGUGUGAAUCCCCAGCGCGGCCGCUCGUCGACAUGGAGCUUCUCUCUGCAUCUAGAAGCCUCGGUUUCCAUUGGCCCUUCUCUCGUCCUUCUCUCCCAGUCCCUUGAUCCCGUGGUUAUUGCCCCACUGUGUGGGAAAAUUUAAUCCGCGGAUAUGUCUCGUUGGGUGAGGUGGUUCUCCACUGUUUCGCCAUUUCGUGCGGAGGCGACAAUGGCGCCCCGGUUGUCGCAUUCGUUCCAAGUGUUUCGCGAUGUCUCCCCGUUACGUCAGUUACGGCGCCAACUGCUGCUCUCGGACCGGACCGUAGGCCUUGUUCCCACAAUGGGAGCACUGCAUGAGGGCCAUCUUUCCCUUAUUCGACAAGCAGCAUCCGAGAAUACGGACAUCUUCGUUAGCAUCUUCGUCAAUCCAACACAAUUCGGUGUGAAUGAAGAUCUGGAUAGCUAUCCACGCACCUGGGAUAGUGACGUAGAGAAACUGGAGAAACUGAACCGGGAAUUCGCUAGCCUGAGGGACAAGAGCAGUGUGGAAUCAUCAUCAGAUGUGCCUGGACAGAUUACGGCCAUCUUUGCUCCCACGUCUCAGGUCAUGUACCCUUCCUUACCGCCCUCAUCCGAGAUAGACGGACCCGGCUCGUUUGUCACUAUAACCCCGCUUGCGUCGAAGCUAGAAGGUGCCUCUCGCCCCGUGUUUUUCAGAGGGGUUGCAACGGUUUGCACGAAACUCUUUAAUAUCGUCACGCCGGACCGCGUCUACUUUGGCCAGAAAGAUAUUCAGCAGACGGUAAUCAUCAGGCGAAUGGUCCAGGAUUUCCACAUUGGCACCGAGGUCAAGAUUGGCUCUACUGUUCGCGAAGAUAGUGGGCUAGCCUUGAGUUCGAGAAAUGCAUAUCUUGGAACGAGACGUCGUACCGUUGGCCUUGUUUUAUUCCGGGCCCUCAAAGCGGCAGAGGAGGCGUUUAUGUCUGGGAAGAACAGCCGAGCAGACAUUCUGGGCGCCGCGAACGAUGUGGCACAGAAGACUCUAUCUGAGCAGGAAGUUUUGUCGCCUUCAGAUCGGGUUUUAUUCGAAGUUGAUUAUAUCUCCCUCGCAGACCCCGACACCCUUGAUGAGAUAGAUGAGGUCAAUUCUUCAAAAGGUGCCAUCUUGAGUGGUGCCGUGAAGAUGUUUCCUCUGGAGCAGUCUAUACCCGGUGAAGACUGCGGUUUGGGCGACGGCAAAGUUCCCGUGAGGCUGAUUGAUAAUCUCAUCUUGAAGCCUCGCACUCCCUAGAACAAAAAAUAUCUUGUUAUGUACCAAAUAUUCGGCUUUGUAUACUAGAUGAUCUCCUGUUGAUAUUACAUGGUGUUUCUUUUUAGAAGUUCAUCUUCACUUGGUUAGACAGCUUAAAAAAGAUUACAAGAAUCAGAUUUGAGCAGCAUAUUCUAUAUCAUCGAAAAUAUGACAAGAGUAAAACAGCUA